UGCCGCGUCGCGGUAGUGUCGUACUGUGGUGCAUCGUCUCGCGCGUUCCGUCGAAUCACGACGAUGACGUCUUCCUCGGUCUGACUGUGUGCGACGCGCGUUCAUCGCGAAGAUCACCGGCCACGUUUAUUCCGUAUCCCGUCGUCGUCGUUGUUCUCGUCGCCGUCGAUCGUCUCGAUUCGCACGCGGGCCGGUCGGGCAAGCCGCGCGUCAGGGAUACCAACGGACCCUCGCCGUUCGUUGCCGCCGCCGUCGUCGUCGCCGUCGCGUUUUUUUUCGGCCCCCUUCGAAAUCUCUCGAUCGCGUCCUCGACCGGACGACCGUUUUCCAGUGCGCGUCGCAGCGCCCCGCUCGUGUGUCCGUGCGCGAAGGGGGAAACUUCAACGCGUGGAAUAGCCGGCCGUGACCGUCGCGAGUGACUGCACGAGGUUUCUGCGAGGGAGAAGCCGUGGUUUUCGAAGAAAUUGUCGGGGCGAGCGAUCGCGCGCGUCGUAACGUCGGCCGGCGUACGCGUUCGAAUUUUUGUCUUCGUCGUGCGUUUGGUGCGUGUGCGUGACAUUCAUCGGUGGCGAGUAACCGACGCGGACUCGUCUCUACCUGUCGCGUGAACGAGAUUCCAAGUGACUGUGGCGCGAGUUUCAAAGUCGCGUCGGUCUGAAGCGAGCGACGAGUCGCUCUCUCCGCGCCGACUUCACCCGGUGGCCAGCCAGUGCUCUCAACGGAAGGAUCCGUCCACGUCGUUCGUCUUCGGUGAUCUCGACGUCGAUCUCGCCGUGAUCCCACGGUCGUCUUCCAGCCGAAGAGAGGACUCGCUCGCGGACUUUUCGCGGAUCGCCCAGAUUCUCGGAACGAGAGACUCGCCGGGUUUCUCUCACUUCGUCGCGACAAGUGCGGUGUGAAGAUAAGCGCGUUCCGUUCCCGCAUCGAUCGACGAUCGCGCGACUUUGGCGAAUCAGGUGAUAAUCUCUCGCGAGUGCGCGAUGUGAUUCCAACGACUUUUAUUUGAAUUAGAGGUACGUCUUUCGCGCUCGCGCGGCGCGUAAAUAGCGAAAAAAGUCGCGUCACCGAGCAGCGGCGUGCCGGAUUAGAUUUCGUCGGUGACGGGAGAAAGCAAGAGGCACAGAGGCGCAAAGAAGAGCGAAAGGUGCGGGAUUUAUCGAGAUAAGCUCGGGGCUGCUGUCGUAUGUGCGCCGGGAAGGACUGACACUCUCGUGUGUGUGUAUAUGUGUGUGUGCGCGUGUGAUCUCUCGAAAAUUUCCCCAAAUCUUUCCGCGCCUGUGUUUCUCGCCCUCCAGCUUUUGCGUCUUGUCGGAAACGCGGACGGGAGACGCGCGUAAGCUCUCGGACACGUCGGCGAGACGACAAAGAGAGAAGGGAGAGCGACAGCGAUCUCGAGUCUGUCGCCCGUGUAUCUCGCGAUGAGCCGAGGAGCGGUACAUGUCGAGCGGCGAGCGUGACCGCCGCAAACUACCUCCCUCCCCUCGUCGACGCCCCGCGUGUUUCAGGGUCGCCGGCGAGACGACCCUCGUUAAUACCGCAGCCGAUCGUGGGAGGAGAAUGUCGCGCUAGAAGAAGACGGCAGACGGGGCCUCCGAUUUACUCGCUAAAUCGACCGAGUGAUUACAUUGGUCGAUCCUCGCGCGCGCCUCGAUGGACGUUACAUCGUCGUCUGGGAGGCGGCCUCGCGGGAUGGUAGUAGCCGCCGACGACGACGAGUGCAGCGGAUAAUAAAGCCGAGCUCGUCGCGACGAGGAGCGGGCGCAGGAGGAUAGGACGGUUUUGAAGAGAGGCGAACGAGAGCGGGGGCGUAGUCGGAACCCACGCGUGAACAACGUGAGAGCAUCAAGAUGACCAUGGCAAGUAACAUCGUGGUCGAGUGGCUGCGAUCGCUUCAUCUCGGCCAGUACUCGGAGUCGUUUAUCGACAACGGCUACGACGACCUUGAGAUCUGCAAGCAAAUCGGCGAUCCGGAUCUCGAUGCGAUCGGCGUGUUUAAUCAGAAGCACCGCGCGCGCCUGUUGCAAUCGGUCAAGACCCUGCGCGAGGAAGGCGCCGCGAGCGUGUACUUCACGCUGGAGGAGACGACCAACGACAACAGCUGCGACAAUAUCAGCUCCAAGUCGUCGAGGACGUCGUCCGACAGGCCACCCAGCGACAAGGAGGCGCAGCGUGCGUCGCCCACGGCCAGCUCCUCCAGCGGCGGUCAGGAGCUGACCAAGUUCGCGGACGAGUACGAGGAGGGCAAGGCCGAGCUGGUGAGAAUUCCCAGGAUGCAGCUGAGGAUGUUGCUGCAGGAGAAGCUGAGACACGACGGCAUCAGGCUGGCCUGCCAACCGUACACCACACCGGAGGGCGAGAGGGGGUAUUUGGAAGGGCUCGCUUCAAGAUAUGCAGAUCUCUUCAGGACACAUUACGGGGAUGUCCUUGAGCCGCUCGAGGAGCUACGCCGGCGAGAAACAAACUCUUCCGCCCGAAUCCCCAACACUCAGCUCACCACCAGUCAUUCACAGCCCAUUUACGUGCCCGGAAAAUACUCGCCCUCGAGCUGCCUCAGCGACAAGGAGGAGGACGAAAUCUAUGGCUUCGGAUACGGGGUCUUCAGCAGGCAGAUGCUCCAACAUCGACAGCAGAAGCUCGCGCUCGCCACACAAAACACGACCACCGCCGUGACACCGGGUGGACCUCAGGCAACCUACCAAAGUUGUCUGAGCCCGAGAUCUGCGUUCUUCUACGAGUUCCCUCCUAACGAGCAAGGACAAAACACGAGCAAGAAGAAGACAACGUUUUCGAGAUUACUACGAGGAUUGAAGACGCACAGAAAAGAGAAACAAGGCCAGCAAGCACAAGGCUCUCCUAGGCAUGGUCGUGCAAGGAUGGGCGUUCCACAAAGAGUAGACACACCUGACAGUGUUCUGCAAAGCGGUUUGGGUCUCGGCCCCGACAUGGGACACACGAUUCUUCGUUCGAUGGUGGAUCCUCGAGAUUACGAUCGACUAAGGUACCUACAGAUGAACGGCGGUCAACCAAAUAGUUUCGAAGAAACCAUUCACAGGCUGAAAGUUCAAGAGGCGCUGCGAAAGAAAGAGCGGUUUCACAAAGAGCACGAAGAGAUACUGAGGGAUAUCCGGCAGGGUUUAAUGCAGCUAGGACGAGACGGACGAGGUCAGCUCCCUGGGGAUGAUACGUACAUGUAUGACGAAGACGCGCGAUGCGGAGGUGCAGGUGGUUUAGGUCCCGGACCAGGCGGUCAUUGGUAUGACGAACCACCUUAUGAAUCGGAUCCCGAAGACUUUCUUAUGGGGGCUAGUGGCGGUCCGGUACCUACCGCGACCAUCCAGAAUGGAAGGGUGUGUUUCACGCUGAAUAUGAGGCCGGAAAAUCGAGGCGAGGGUGUAAUCUCUCUUCGAACAGCCGGCGAUAUCAGUUUGCCACGCGAUCGUUCGAGGAAAGGUGCGACGUCGACGAUGCGGGGUCUCAUCGUUCCUCAGGGUCACAAUAAUCCGCCGACGAUUAUACCCUUAACGCAUUCAAGGGCUUCUCGUGAGAGCGGAGAUUACGCGAGUAGCGACGUGCAGAGUGUGAGCUCGAGACUGUCGACUGUGUCGGUGGACACGAGUAGGAGCGACCAGCCUCCGGUGGGCGGUCGCCACCCCGAUCGGCCGGAGCAUCACCACGAGCACCGUCACAACCAUCGCCAUCAUCACGAACAUCACCACUCGGUCUCACCCCGACCCAAUCAGCGUCACCCCGCCGCCACUAGCACGACCGUUACCAACACCGUCACCGACGCAACGUCACCGCAAAGCAACGCGCAACGCCGCCCGGUUCCCAGAUAUAGUCGGAGUAGCGGCGAGGAGGGACUAUCGCCGAGCCAGAGUAGCGACUAUGAGGAUCAAGAAGAACUCGAGAGUCAACACUCGGCCGCCGUGCAUACAUCGGAGGCGAGCGCGCUGCUCGAGGGCGACGCCAGAGCGGGUAUCGCAGGCCGCGCGAGGAAUUUGAGGCACGACGUGCAGCGAAAGAUCUCGAGGCUGCGCCAGGAUCGCGCGUCCUCGGAGGCGUUCCCGUGCAGCGCGAGCAGCGUCGAGAGCCUGCCGAGUGGUAGCGGCUCGAGCACGCAGGCUCUGGUACGCGCGGGCAGCAAUCACAGCUCGAUAUCCUGCGAGGACAGAGAUGCGGUCAGCCCGACGUCCAUCGGCCCCGUCCUGUGUCGAGCGAGGGCACUCGUGGACUACACGCCCAGUCCUUACGACAAGGACGCGUUAAAGUUCAAGAAGGGGGACGUAAUCGACGUGGUACAGAUGAACAAGAGCGGGCUGUGGAAGGGCGUCGUGCACAACAGGAUAGGCCACUUCAAGUUCAUAAACGUCGAGAUACUGAACGACAGGGUGCCCAGACGGGGGGAACCAGAACGGGGCAAGUGGGGUCAGAGAUACAGGCAGAAGCCGGGUUCCGUUCAAGAGCUCUUGCAGAGAAUGAAUCUUCAGGAACAUAUUCCAGUUUUUGUGCUGAACGGAUACGAGGAUCUGGAGCUCUUCAGGGAGUUAGAGGCCGCGGAUCUGGACUAUUUGCGUAUACAUCAACCCGAGCAUCGUGCCAAGAUACUCACCGCCGUGCAACUCCUACACGAUCUUCAGUCGGGCAGCGAGGGUGACCUGGCCUCGAGUUCAGAGGGCGACGAGGUCAGUCGUCUGGUCUUAACCUCCGGCCAGACGUCUGGCCACUGUUCCCCGUUUAACCGACGCCAGUUCCCACGGGACUCCGGCUGCUACGACGCGCACAAGAAUACCACCAGUCGACGGACCAUCAGCCCGGAAACAACUACGACGUCGACGAAGCUGUCGAGGGAGAAUAAUCUAGACGGCGCAACGGCCGCCACGAAGAACACCAACAGUACUGUCGCUACGGAUGGCGGUCUACCUGAUCCGAAGGACGACUUUCAUCCCAAUAUACCGAUUUCCGGCUCGGUGGCGAGCCAGAAAGAAGGCCAGUUUGAGAAGUCGCCGUUACUGCGAGGUGGCAACGUGCGGUACAUCGCGAAGAGGGGCAAUUUUGGCGACACGGUGGUGAUCGAGGACGCCUGCGAGAGCAGUCAGAAACUGGGCGGCAUGGUCAAGUACAUGGUCGGUGGUACCAGCGAUCUGGGCCUCGAAGGCACCGGCAAUGUCACUGGGCUCAGCCAGCGCGGUUGCCUCAGCGAGAAGUCCAGCGAUUCCGGUGUCAGCUCGUCCAGCAUUAGCUCAGCACCUCCGCCCAGGGACAAGAUACUCGCUACCGCCAGCGCCGCGUCGGAUUCGCCGACCAAGAACUUCGGUAGCUUUAGCAGAGCGUCGCCGACUUCCCAGGGCGGUAAUAAGAGUCAGAACAAUGACGGGAGUUACCAAUGAAAAGAGCGGCAAUAAAUCGGUAGGCCGGCAAGACGCGGCGCGACUUUAGCUCGAAGAUAAGGGGUACAAAAAUAAGGGUAUCGCGCAAUUUUUACCGACAAUGGAGCGGCCUUAGUUCGGAUUUAGAGGGUUACGCGAUCACAAUCGUCUUCAGGCUGCGGUGCCUACGAUUCGUCCACGAGAUACUUGGGCAAUAUCGGGAUCAUGAAUAUCUCGUACAUUUUAUAUCCAACGAGAAAUAUCGUUCCCGAAUAAGCGAUCCCGACGAGCGUAAUACUUGGUAAUAAGAUAUUUCUUCCAUUUCGGAUGACUCGCGGAGUUUAAGCAAUUCUAACGAAAUUGCUAAUAGAUAAUAAUUGACAGUUGCCGCUGUGUCCGCUCGUUGCGACGAUUAACGUGCGCUCAAUCGCGUCUCGACUUGAAAUAUAUCUCGCAAAACAGUAUCUCAUUUUCCUUUUAUUGUUGUUGGCAAAGUACCCCGAGGAUCUGUCUAACUUUAUUUGAUAAUUUUUGUCAUGAGCGCGAAUGGAUCUUUCCGAUAUUAAUGUCGGGGGGAACAUUUUGUUACUCCGUGUCUUUGGACGCGCGAUGGGAAGAAUUUCGCGAAACGAGCGAAAUUCUAGCAGUUGUAACAAGGGCUCCCCGGAGCAUCGGCUAAGUUUCUUCGCGUCUACGUCCGCUUUCGGUCCAAGCGAGAUGCAUUUCGAAUAGCUCUCGGCAUCUUGAAACCGCCAAGUCACAUCGCGCCUACAUAUAGCCGUGUAAUUAACAAUAAGUGAAUACUAUGUGAUACAAUAGCAAUAUAACGAUCGAUUAAAUUCGAAUAGGUAGAAAAGAAAAGGGAGACACAACGGCCGGUGACCAUCACUUGCGUUGCGCGAAUCGUCGUCACGAUCCCAUUACGUACAAUAAAUAAAGACGAAAGGAAGAGGAAGAAAAAUAAAACACGAACGAAGAUUCGAUAUAACGUUAUGCGUCCGUUAGUUUUGAUUUCGCGUGCGAUAUUAUCUGUCGGUUUCAUCUUCGUCUGGGACGACCUCGCGAUUAAUCACUACAAAUACUAUAUAGCUCGCCCGACGAGCGUUCGUCAAAAACUGCCAGCGUUAUCGAGUUCUCGUCUCUCGUUGAACGGCGAUCUCUUAUCGUAUAUUUUGGACUCGCUCUUUGUACGUUCGUUCGAUCUCGUCGCGUAGAAGACGCGCGCGAACGAAAUAGUUACGAGUCAUCCCGAGACAUUCGAGACAAUUUUUCGCUUUUACACGGCGCGCAAACUCGUGAGGAUCCAUCUUAUGCGGUAAUAGAGAAAUAACGAAUUCGAUUAUCACAGGAUGCCUUACGAGCGUUUUUUACUUAGUUUAUUUACGCGACUUUUCAAUAAAACCCCGGUACUCGAACUUGCGAGGAGAUAUCCUCCCACUUACUUUCCACUGUUCGCAUAUAUAAUUUUAUACGGAAUAGUGCGAGAACCUGAAGUCUCCAUGGAAUGCGGCGCCGAUUACGCCGCAUUCGUCACUCGGACUUUGCGUGCUAUUAACGACGGACAAUCCCCCAUCGUCGAUGCGACUCGUCAGUUUCUUCGAUACGAUGGUAAACCAUGUACAUGUGUGUAUAUUGACCACGCCACGGGAGGAAAAACGUUGAAAGUUACAGAGAUUUUGUAUGUACAUAGAUAAAUAUUACGCGUAGGACUUAACGAUGUUUUGUAUUGACCUUGCCCGUUUGCCAAAACUUAAGACUAUAGACUAUAUACAUAUACGCGAUAUACACAUUAUAUCGUACCGUUGGAUCUUAUGUACAUCUCUUGUAUAGUGUAAAAUCAUAGAUGAAUUUUAUGAGACGCGGGAGCGCAAUCAGAGAAUCAGGGCUGCGAGAAACAGGUACGGGAGAGGCCAAGAAGCCCGAUGGGAUAAUAAUAAAUCUUAAGUAAUAAUUUAAGCUGUUACGAGACGCAGCGACGACUCGACGAAGCGCAUUAUUAAUUAAAAUAGGAGAAAAAAAAGUUUAAGUACACGAGAGAGGAACGCGCGCCCGCCGCGAACGUACGAUCGAAACAAUAUCGGCGGAUAGCUUGCGGAAGCGAUCAGUGCUAUUAAAGAGUUAUCGCGAUAUCGUAUUACGAUAAACGCUACAGUCACAUAUUGACAAAUUAAUUGAAAAAGUAUCUGAAAGAACAAUUGGUGUUCACGAUUUCAAUUAUCUUAUAUGAUCAAGAGAUAACAAUCGGCAAGUGUUAAGCAAGUGUAUGUAUAGCUUCAGAAGAACACGAAUGAAUAAACUAGAUGGCAUGAAUUAACAUGUACUGGAAGUGAGCCAAGCACGGCGAUAUUUCCAUAUAAAUUAAAGUGAUCGAUAAUUCGAGAUUAGGAAGCUGCCGCCGUGACUUCGAUGUUUAUCGUAUCUAAAGUAUUAUCGCGAUAACGAGCUAUUGAAACUGAAAGUGUUUCGCACGACACACGUACACUUUUUACACAAAUAUCUCGCCAUCCACGUAACGUAGAGCGUGCUUCUUCUGCAAUGUCAUCGCGAUGUCGAUCGCGAUCCACGAGGAGCGAAUCCGAAGGAGGGACAAUGAAAUACCCAAUCGGCCCGGAAAUCGGCUGUGAUUAGACCGAACGAGUAGAGUCGCAAGUUGCUUCCAUCAACGUCGAGAUUGAUUAAUGCGAUUAACGCUCGAUCGCGGUCGCAGCGUACGAUUUUCGUGCCGAGACCGAAGUUUCGCAAUAUCGAGAUUUACGUCGCGUCCCGCCCGCGCAUAAGCUCCAUCAGCGGGCACUUUUUUUAUCGAGUUUGUGCGAUGAUCCGACGAUCCGAAAGAGAGGGAGGGAGGAGGACGUAUCCGAUAAACGGUACGUCGAUUUCGGUGAUGUCUGCUAGUUUAUCCGUUCCAUCGAGAGUACCAACAUGUGUAGAGAAUGAGUGAAGUGGUUGUUAUUAAAGGAAGGGCUGAAACAGGAGGGAUGAGAGGGUUGAUUGAAAAUUGAGUAUGCGCUUAUGUGUGUGUGCGUGUAAUGAAGAGUAUGUGUGUGUAUGAAAGAGAAAGAAAGGGGGAGAAAAGGUAAAAGCGAGAGGGACGACGCGAUGUUAAAUUUAGUAACGAGUUUAUGAGAGUACGAAUAGACACGAUAGUGAUUUUAUUUAGCUCGGGAGAAAAAAAAAUACGCAGCAUUUGAUGUAAAGUAAAAUUCAUUCUAAUCGUAGACCCAAGGCGCAGUAAUCGAAAAAAAUAGAUAAUUUAAGCGUACCUUAAGAGGAGAAGCGAGUCGUUGAACGAAAGAAGGCCUAUGGCGUCGCCUCGCACGACCCUCCGAGACGGCGAAGCGCGAUCGCUUAGAUAAAUUUAUUCGUCGAUCGAGAACGCCACGAAGCGCGGCGCUUAGGGUCGAAUGAGAAAUUAAGCGUUUACGUAGCGGUCUAGUCCAUUCUUCUCGCGUGAUUAACGAAUAUAAUGUACAUAAAGUAAUAAAAACAAAAAUGAUGAAGAACACAACAGAUUCUAGAGAACGGCGAGACGCGGGCGCGAAUUAGCGCGCAUCGCCGUUACCUUUUUAUAAGCUGAUUUUGUAUUUAUUGAUUAAUUGCGGGGUUUAUAGAGAUGGUCACACACAAAUCACACGUAAUUCUCAUCGUCCCUCGGUUCUCGUAAUGAUUUCUAACGAUAAGUGUUAAUUUAUUGACUGUGAAUAGAAAUAAACGAUGGAAGAGAUUCAAAUGAGAAUCAUCUCUCGUA